GUGUUAUAAGAACAAUGGAAACGGUUGCUUUGGCAAGCUCAUACGAUAAAGAAGGUAUGGCUUCCACUAAAGUUCUUCAUAGCUGCACCAUCCUUACACGCCGUAUCAUCACCAACAGGCUUCACAUUCUCUUCCACUUCACAGUCACACUGUUGUUGCUGUACUACCGGAUAUCACAUUUCUUCAAUGGAAAUAGGUUGCCAGCUUUAUCAUGGGCUCUCAUCACUAUUUCUGAGCUCAUUUUCACUUUCAUUUGGUGCCUCACUCAGGCCUUUCGUUGGCGGCCUCUGUCGCGUACAGUCUCGAUCGAUGAAAUUCCUGCUAACAUGAAUUUGGAGGGGCUUGAUGUGUUUGUGUGCACUGCUGAUCCGCAAAAGGAGCCGACCAUGGAGGUUAUGAACACUAUUAUAUCGGCCUUAGCACUUGAUUAUCCGCCAGAGAAGUUAGCGGUGUAUCUUUCCGAUGACGCGGGAUCUUAUAUUACCUUGUAUGCUCUAAAGGAAGCUUUUGCAUUUAGUAAACGUUGGCUUCCAUUUUGUAUGAAGUAUAGAAUCAAAACUAGGUGCCCAGAGGCUUUUUUCUCUUUAGCCAAGUAUGAAGAACUUUCAAUUACUGAUGAAUUUAGUGCCAAGAAAGAUGAACUUGAAGUGAAGUACAAUUUGUUUAAGAGAAAUGUGGAGAAAAUUUGUGAAGAUGCAAGCAAUUAUGUUGUAUUGGACAGGCCUGCUCAUGCUGAGAUCAAGCCUGAGAGCAUCAGUGAAACUACUAAUGUUCUUGAUUAUGGCUAUCCUGUUGCAGAUCAUACAUGGAGACACCUAUAUGGAUGA